AUGUUGUCAAACCAGUUUUUUCAUAGAGCAACACUUGUCAUUUACUCGCAUCAAAGGAAAUAUUUAUCAAGUAUCCAAAGCCAACACCAAACUAAAUCCAAGAUUAGCAAUAAACUCAAGAGCGAGAAGAGCUACUCGGCCCAUCUCGAGACCUAUCUCUUCAAUCCCCCCUUUCCCUCACCCCCGAUCGAGCUGAUCAAGAGCGAGAAGGUGAAGCGAAGGUUGAGGGUGGCCAGCAGUGUCUUCACUGCUGGCCUGGCUGUGGCCGUCAAGAUGGCCACAGGGUCCAUGAUCCAGGACGAUGAGGCAUUUGCUAUUCUCUCAUCGUGGGUCCCGUACCUUUUUGUCAGCUCGUCUGACAUGAUAUGCUCGGAAUAUAUUGGAUAUUUUGAAAAUCGGGAAACGAUGGAGGCGAUCGGGGCAAGGAAGAUUGAGAGUAUGGCUAUGAUGCACUCGAUCCAACGCAUCGUGUCGAGUUCUCGGGGGAAGAUGGAUUCAGAGCCAGUGCAUCUUCUUCCAUCGGGGUUCCUAACGAUCAACAUCGGCGCUCUACCGAAUUUCAAGGAGGCUCAUGGGAUUCAUCAAUGGUGGAACCCGAAUUUGGAGUUGAAAUACAAAUCGUACAAUUACCAUUAAACUAAUGCUACUUUGAUAAUGGUUGAGGACAUUGGGUUCAAUAUCUUAGGGACUGCUUUAUUUUGCUUUGAUGUACAAUGUAAGUCUCAAGGGUCAUUAAUAGCCUUAUAUACCUCGUUUGCUUUAAUGUAGUAAUAAAAAUUCAAGUCAUAUAAAAUGUUGAGGGUGUUAUAAUUUUAUAUCAUUUAUAAACUUG